GGAGCCGCCGGAGCCCGCCACUGCCGCCACCUUGGAGCCCCUAAAGGACGUUCACCUCGGCCUGGCCCCGCGCCCCGGCCGCCAGGCACUGCUGUCCGGCCACUAUCUCUACUACCACUACGGCUGCGACGGUGUGGACGACCGUGGCUGGGGCUGCGGCUACCGCACCCUGCAGACACUGUGUUCCUGGCCAGCUGGCCAGCCCACGCGGGUGCCCACGCUGGCGGAAGUGCAGGCGGCCCUGGAGGACAUGGGCGACAAGCCGCGCGGCUUCCGCGGCUCCCGGGACUGGAUCGGCUGCGUGGAGGCCUGCCUCUGCCUUGACUACUUCGGGGGACCCCAGGGGCGCCUAUGCCACGUGCCCCGAGGCGCCGGGCUGCGUGGACAGCUGGACUCGCUCUACGCCCACUUCUCUGGAGGUGGGGGGCCCGUGAUGGUGGGGGGCGACGCGGAUGCCCAGUCCAAGGCCCUGCUGGGUGUGUGCCUGGGGCCCGGCACAGAAGCUUCCGUCCUGGUCCUGGACCCUCACUGCUGGGGGACUCCACAGAGCCCCCAUGACCUCCAGACAGCCGGGUGGGUGGGCUGGCGAAAUGUCAGCACGACCUUCGACCCCACCUCGUUCUACAACCUGUGUCUGACCAGCCCAAGCCCGGACAGUAAAGGGGCCCAUUCCCGGGACUGAGGCUCACUGCGGUCCCCCACGUUCCACCCCACGUCCCUUUUCCGGGGAACAGGCCCAGCCUUCGGUGACAAUAAAGCGAGAGGUCCCCGCUAUCCCCGCCUGGCCCAUCUUUGGGGGGCGGGGCGCGGGGCUCCUGGCAGUC